GACAGUUAUAAUUUCAAAAUGGCUGUCAAGAUCUGCUUGUUACUGCUUGGACUAAUCUGUCUGGCUGCUGGCAAACCGUUGUGCCCGAAUUCGAUGUAUGAACCCAUGGGGGGCAUGACUGUUUGUGAAACAAUCCCAACUCCGUCCAUGUAUUAUGGUUAUGGUGGACUGGGUAAUAUGGAAAUGAUGUCUACCUUCGGAUAUCCCGGCUACGGAGGAUACCCUAGCAUCGGUUCAUAUGGUAGAGGCUACGGAAAUGCUGGCCUCGGUAUAGGUGGAGGCCUAGGUUUAGGCCUAGGCGCGGGUCUGGGCCUCGGCGGCGGCCUGGGCCUCGGCGGCGGCCUCAACUCCGCACUCGGCGCCGGCCUUGGCGGCGGUUUAGGGGUGUUUUAACCGCUAGAGGAAAAAUUGGCAGCGAAAUUUAAAAUUAGAAGAUAGGGUUUGUUUAGUUACAACUCAGUUUUAAUCAAAAUUUCAUUUUUAAUUUAAGUAUUAAUUUUAGGACCAUAUAUUAAUCAUUUUGAUAAAUGGGUAUCUGGAUGGAUC